AUGCCGAAAGAUAAGGUGGAAGUUUUCUGGUUUUCUGAGCAACCAUUCGCACCCAUAACCAAUGAAGAUGUUGCCCAGUAUGAAUCGGGCCGCUUGGGGUUCCCUAACACUUACUUCGAUCCUGAAAAGGCCCACGUACUUUACAAUCAGUACCAUGAACAGUAUGCCUGGGCCGACGAAAAUGGCUUCGAUGGCAUCAUGUCCAACGAGCACCAUUCGUCCUAUUGGUGCAUGAAACCUGCCGUCAAUAUUGACGCCGCGGUUAUCGCCAAAGUAACCCGCAAGGCUAAAAUCGCAAUCCUAGGCAACGUGAUCGCCGUCAAUGAUCCCAUCCGCAUGGCGGAAGAGAUUGCCAUGUUGGACUGUAUCUCGGGUGGCCGGAUCAUCUCCGGAUUCGUGCGCGGCACGGCGGUUGAAACUCUGCAGGGUGGAAUCGCUCCGCCACAGAACCGGGACCGAUUCGAAGAAGCCCACGACCUCAUCAUCAAGUGCUGGACCGAGCCUGGUCCUUUCCGCUACGAAGGCGAGUAUUACCAUUACCGAGCGGUGAACCCGUGGGUGCUCCCGAUGCAAAAACCCCACCCACCCAUCUGGUUCCCCGGAUUCAGCAGCCCGGAGAGCGUAAUGAACAUCGCAAUCGCGGGCCCCGCGAGCACAACGAUCCUCCCGGGGUACCAGUCGCGGGAGGCGGUCGAUAUCCAGCGCACCCUACCAGGAGCCGGCGGGUUUGGUCGCGUGAUGACCUACGAAGAGUUGCAGGAUGCCAACAACAUUAUCGUAGGCAGCCCUGACACCGUCCGGGAAAAGUUGUCGAUGAUUAUUGACCGGCUCAACCCCGGCUACCUGCACGUCUACGGUAACGAGGGUGCGAUGGACCACGCCGACGUGAUGCGUUCCAUCGAAUUGAUUGGCAAAGAGGUUAUACCUGCCCUGCACGAAAUCCCGUUGGUGGACCAUUACUGA